AUGCUGGUGCACUGCAGUGCCGGUGUGGGGCGGACAGGAACCUUCAUCGCCAUCGACUACCUGCUGAAGAUGGCGGAGGAGGAGGGAAAGUUGGACGUGUUCCGCUGCGUGGACCACAUGAGAGGACAGAGAGCUGGCAUGGUGCAGACACAGGAGCAGUACCGUUUCAUCUACCAGGUGUUGUUGGACGUGCAGGAGUUUGGGGACACGGCCAUAGCAGUGGAACACUUCCCAGACUGUGUGAGCAGCCUCCUGAUGGGGGAACAAGGACUGCCCAGCCUCGGCUGCAAACGCGAGUUUGAG